UGUUGGAUCCUAGUUUUCUGUAGCUGUAAAAAUACAUGUAAUAGUGCCUAAUAUUUAGUGCAUGAACUGCGAGGCUAAUUCAAAUUCCAGCUAGACUAAACUAGUUGUGGGAGCUCAGGCAGUCUUACCUGACAUGGCUGUCUAACUUUAGUGUGUUCCUCUGUAAAGUGGGAACGGUAACAGUGUGCUUCAUGGGGUUUGAAGACUGGGAUGUCAUGUGCUUAGCACCCUAUCUGACACAUAACCCUCAGUAAGUGUCACGCAACAGGAAUGAUGGUUACUACGACUCCGGUCCUCACACCCCAGGUCUGGGACUAUGAGGGCAGGAGGGUUGGAAAUCCCCAGAUUCAGCCCUGGCAUCAAGCAGUUGUCACUGACAUCUCUUGCCUAAAUGGGCAAGGAGAAGUUGGAGAGGGCGCACACUUCCAAGGAAGAUGGGAUGGCCAGGAUGGGCUCUUUUAAACCAGGGCUCUCCAGGAGAAGGGUUCAUCUUGUGACCUAGUUUCCCCCUGCCAUUGCUCUGAUCACCAUGAAGAUAUUCUUCCGGUUUCCCUUGGUACUGACCCUGUUUUCCUGCGUGUUCUGACAUUCUGUCAUGUAGAUUUAACCUGCUCUGUGUCAGGCCCUGUGCUUGAAGCUGAGGGUCCCAGAUGGACAAAGCACUCCUCACCUUCAGGGAGCUCAGCCUUACUAGAGCAGUGCUUCUUCAUCGUGAGUGUCCCUGGGAAUCUUGCUAAAAUACAAAUUCUGAUGCUAUAGGUCUGAGGUAGGACCUGAGAUCCUGCGUGUCUAACAGGCUCUCGGGUGACGCUGAUGAAGCUGGUUCGCGGCUGCGCUCUGAGUAGCCAGAUGUAGAGGAUUGUUACAAAUUAGUGGAGUGGCAGGGAGCUGCAGGCUGGAGACCCAGGCCAGGCUAACCGCCUGGCAGCUUGAGGUGGUCUCCGCCCCCUUGCUCGCUGAGGUUCCCUCCCAGGAAUCCGACACGUGACCGUCGGACCUCCGGCUCAGAGAGAGGAGCCCUGUAAGCGCCAUGGCUCCGGAGGCGGCGCCCCGCUUUCCCUCUCUGCUUCUGCUGCUCCUGUCGCUGCUGCCCCAGGCAGACACUCGGUCGUUCGUAGUGGAUCGGGAACACGACAGGUUCCUGCUGGACGGGGUCCCGUUCCGCUACGUGUCUGGCAGCCUGCACUACUUUCGGGUACCGCGGGUGCUUUGGGCUGACCGGCUUUACAAGAUGCGGAUGAGCGGCGUCAACGCCGUGCAGUUUUAUGUGCCCUGGAACUACCAUGAGCCAGAACCUGGGGUCUAUAACUUUAAUGGCAGCCGGGACCUCAUUGCCUUUCUGAAUGAGGCAUCUGUAGCGGACCUGCUGGUCAUACUGAGACCAGGACCUUACAUCUGUGCAGAGUGGGAGAUGGGGGGUCUCCCAUCCUGGUUGCUUCGAAAACCCAAUAUUCAUCUGAGAACCUCAGAUCCAGAUUUCCUUGCUGCAGUGGAUUCCUGGUUCAAGGUCUUGCUGCCCAAGAUCUAUCCAUUUCUCUACCACAAUGGGGGCAACAUCAUUAGCAUUCAGGUGGAAAAUGAGUAUGGUAGCUACAAGGCCUGUGACUUCCAUUACAUGAGGCACCUGGCUGGGCUCUUCCGUGCACUGCUAGGGGACAAGAUUUUGCUCUUCACCACAGACGGGCCAGAAGGACUCAAAUGCGGCUCCCUCCAUGGACUCUACACCACCGUAGAUUUUGGCCCAGCUGACAACAUGACCAGAAUCUUCACUCUGCUUCGGAAGUACGAACCCCGUGGCCCACUGGUGAACUCUGAGUACUACACAGGCUGGCUGGAUUACUGGGGCCAGAACCACUCCACACGCUCUAUUCUAGCUGUAACCAAAGGACUGGAAAACAUGCUCACCUUGGGAGCCAGUGUCAACAUGUACAUGUUCCAUGGCGGUACCAACUUUGGAUACUGGAAUGGGGCUGAUGAGAAGGGCCACUUCCUUCCGAUUACCACCAGCUACGACUAUGACGCGCCCAUAUCUGAAGCAGGAGACCCCACACCUAAGCUUUUUGCUCUUCGAAACGUCAUCAGCAAGUUCCAGGAAGUUCCCUUGGGACCUUUACCUCCACCGAGCCCCAAGAUGACACUUGGACCUUUGACUCUCUACCUGGAUGGGGAGUUGCUGGCUUUCCUGGACUUCCUGUGCCCUGAAGGGCCCAUCCAUUCAGUCCUGCCCUUGAGCUUUGAGGCUGUCGGGCAGGACCACGGCUUCGUGUUGUAUCGGACCUAUCUGACCCAUACCAUUUUUGAGCCAACGCCACUCUGGGUGCCAAAUAAUGGAGUCCACGACCGUGCCUAUGUUAUGGUGGAUGGGGUGUUCCACGGUGUUUUAGAACGAAAUAUGAAACACCAACUAUUUCUGGUGGGGGAAAUGGGGGCCAGACUGGAUAUCUUGCUGGAGAACAUGGGGAGACUCAGUUUCGGAUCUAACAGCAGUGACUUCAAGGGCCUGUUACAGCCACCAAUUCUGGGGCAAGUAAUGCUUACCCAGUGGAUGAUGUUCCCUCUGAAAGUUGAUAACCUUGUAAAGUGGUGGUUCCCCCUUCACUUACUGAAAAGCACAAAACCUCGAACUCCCUCUGGCCCCACCUUCUACUCUACAACGUUUCCAAUUGCAGGCCCGCUUGGGGACACAUUCCUCUAUCUCCCUGGAUGGACCAAGGGCCAAGUCUGGAUCAAUGGGUUCAACUUGGGCCGGUACUGGACAAAACAGGGGCCACAAGAGACCCUCUAUGUGCCAAGACCCCUGCUGCUUCCGAGGGGAGCCACCAACAAAAUCACAUUGCUGGAGCUAGAAAACGUGCCUCCCGAGCCCCAGAUCCAGUUUUUGGAUCAGCCCAUCCUCAACAGCACCGUGCACAGGACAUACAUCUACUCUCUCUCUGCGGAGGCACAGAGCGCCUCGGAACCAAUGCAGUUAAGUGGGCACUGA